CGCGCACGCGUUCCCACCCCCGUCCUCCGCCGCAGUCAUGGCGGCCCCGGUCGCACAGUUUGAUGAAGACUGGCAGGAUUUUAACGAGUUCAAAGCGGCUGAAACGCUGCACAACUGGACCGCGGAACCAGAGGUCUCACUGGAGAUCCAGAGCUUCACGUCUUUUGAGGAGACGCUGAGCGCGAGCUUCCCGCUCACCAACAACAACGAGUGCACGAGCGUCUGUGCGCGCGCCAUGAGCGAGCGCGAGCUGCUGCGCGACGACGAAAUUUGGAAUGCUCUGACAGAGAAUUAUGGCAACGUCAUGCCAGUUGACUGGAAAACAUCUCACACUCGUUCACUGCACCUGCACACACUGAACCUCCGAUCACAAGAGCAGGUGGAGGUCAGUAAUCUUGACCUUUCUGAUGAUGAUGAUCUCAGAGAUCAGAUGGACUUGCACACCAUCAUCAUCUCGUGCGUGAACGAGGAGCCGCUGUUUACUGCAGAGCAGGUUAUAGAGGAGAUUGAAGAGAUCAUGCAGCAGUCUCCCAACUGCGAGGAACUUGAGAGUCCAUCCCAGUUUGACCUCUCUAUGAUGUCCCAUGACUUGAACACACUCACACACACUACAUCCAGCAGCAGCUAUGAGGAACGGUUGCGUGGUCUGUGUAUGUCUGAGCUUCUGGAGUGUCUGGAGGAAGUAGAAAAGCAGAUCCGUGGUCUCUCAGAGGAGUUGAUUGAUCAGCUGGCUGUGAGGGAGGAGCUGGACUUCGAGAAGGAGUUAAAGAACACGUUCAUCUCGGCACUCAUCGAUGUGCAGAACCGACAGAAAGAACAUCGAGAGCUGCUGAAGAAGAAGAGGAAGAUGAAGACCACAGCAGGUGUCCAGCGAUCUGACCGCUCGCAUGUGCCGGGAACUUAUUUGACGACAGUGAUCCCAUAUGACAGGAGCAGUGGUGCCCCAUCUGUAGAAGAUCUACAGAUUCUGAUCAAGAUUCUUCAUGCCAUGCGUGAGGACAGUGAGACAGUUCCUGCUCUUCUCACUGACUACAUCCUCAAAGGUAUCAGACCUCUGAAACGAUCAUGAAUUUCUAUCAUUGUCAGUCUGAUCAUGUGAAUGUGUGUUUAUGAUGUUUGACCAUCGUUUGGUUUUAUUUUUGUUUUUACUCUCGCUGUGUUUAAUCUAGCACUGGUGUGAGAGGUGGAGACAGAGGUUUGUUGAUCUGUUGAGCAUACACACAAAUACACACACACACACACACACACAACACAUAUGUUUAAAUAAGGACAUAUCAUUGCUUUUAUUGAAAAGUAAAAAUAAAAAAAAUACCAAUGCUUAACCCAAACCCUAAAAGAAACAUUUUACUUAUGUUGUUUUCAAUUGAGGACAUGGAUUUAGCCCAAAGGGUGCUUGGGUUUAAUUCACUUUUGUGUACAGUUUUGUCCUUCAAGUAAUGUUUUUUUAUUUAUUUUUUUUAUAUAUCAGUGCUUGCAAAGCAGCAGGUGUUUUAAGUUUUUGCUUCAAUUAGUUGUAUUUGAGCUGAAUAAAUUGCAGGAAAUUGUGGAGAAAAAUAAUUAAACAAAGAUCAAUUUCAGUGCAGCGCUGGCUUGCAAGCACAAUCAUUAAUGAGUCCAUUGAAGGCAGAAGUACUCAGUGCUAUGGAGUUAUAGAGCGCAACAGUGCCCCGCCCACUUAUUCAGCCAGUCUGGGUUCCGCAAGUAUUUUCCCCAUUCAUUUCUUCCAUAGACUUUUCGAUAAAUCCUCCAUUAAAGAGUUGUAAAGCAUGAACCAAACCAACCAGCACCGAGGUAAAUCGCAACUUUACGGACUUUAUUUUAAGACAAAAUUUUUUUGAAAAUCUGACGAAAAGUCAAAGUUACAAAUCUAUGUACUUACUGUCUUUCACAAGGACACGAACUACAAUCCCAUGAAGCACUGCGAAUGACACGAUCGAAUGUAAAACUAUGGGAAUAUAUACAAAUAUUAAUUUUACGUUAUAAACAAUAUAGUUUGUUUAUUGUGAACUAUUCUGAUAUACACAAAUAUAUGCAAGGAGACCAACUUGUUUGCGUCAUUCAGAGUGCAUCUUUGAAGUGUGUAGUCACUUCCGCGGUCUUCCUUGGACACGGUUCUCUGAUUGGUGGAUCUUUCACUGCUGUACAAUGGGUACUGUAGUUGUUGACCAGGAAUUAUGCUAUUAAACGCAGGCAGAUGGCUUCAAUAGGAGCAUAUACAGUGGAUUAACAACCUUGGAGCUCACAGUGGGUCUGUCUUUAAAGGUUUAUAAGUUAUUGUUAAAAAUCAAUUUGUCUAUGGAAAACAUAAAUGGGAUUUUUACUUCUGGAACCCGACUGUUGCGCUCUACUCCCAGAUGACUCCUGCUUCACCUGAUUGGCUGAGGUCUGAUGACUGACAGUUCAUUUAUCCAAUCGUCUUUGUUCUUCCAGUGCUGUGUCCCACUUAAAUGCUAGGAGCUGAAAACUGGUUCAUCUCAUCGGUACGGAGGAUCGCAUUUAUUCUGCAGAUGAUAUUCCUUCGUAAUAUCACAAAAUUUGCACAAAAUUUACCCCCAGUGGCAUUUAUUUCUAUAUCUGAAUGCAUGUUUUUGUUUUAUGUUGAUCUCAUUAAAUGUUAGAUUGCAGUAUUCAGUUAUUUAAUUUGUUUGCAGAAUUACACGUAUUUCCUAAUUUAGUUUAUAUGUCGGUAACCGCGUUGUACUUUUACUCACUGUUUUGUUUAUUUUAGUUGAUCUUGUUUAUCUUUCAUAUUGUGUAAGAGGAAAUCAUAUUCAGAUGAGCUGGUUUACAGCUGCAGGUCUUGUGUGAAUGUGGGAAUUCUCACUCUGUGAAUCUUUCCAUCAGAUAAGUACAACAGUUUUUAGGAAGUCUUGAGCAUCUGUGGGCUUUCUAUUAAUCUGAAAAGAUUCAAACCUGAAAGUGAUCUUUCCAUCCAAGGCAGAAAUAUGUAGGGAAGCCAUGUAGUGUGUUUCUGUGAAGUCAUUUUGGUAACACUUUACAAUAAGGUUUGAUUUGUUAACAUUAGUGCAUUAGGUAUCAUAAACAAACAAUGAACAAUAUUUUUUGGCAGCAUUUAAUGUUAAUUAAUGAAAAUACAAUUGUUUAUUGUUAGUUCAUGUUAAUUCAUAGUGCAUUAACUAAUGUUCACAAGACACCUAUUAAUUAAAACAAAUUAACUAAGAUUAAUAAAUGUUGUUAAAGUGUUGUUCAUUGUUAGUUCAUGUUAACUUUGUUAAGAAAUGGAACCUUAUUGUAAAGUGUUAUAAUAAUAAAAUCAGCACAGAAACGUUCAUGUUUUUCGAUCACCGUUGAAUGGAUCUACAGCGGCACACAAUUAACAAUACUUUUAGGCUAGGAAUAUUUUUACUUGUACUGUACAUCAUCAAAAUGGUUAUUUUUGAACAGCUCUGGAGUUUGUGCCUCUAAAUUCUCAAUGACAGUAUUAAUAUUAAUUUAAAGAUGUGUGAGGUAUUAAAUUAAGAGUUUAGUGAACUUCUUGACUGUGAGAUGUCGGCAGAGGAGAAUGGUAUGGUAUAAGAAAUUUUACAUGUCACAUAAUAUCUUUGGAAUUGAUUAAUGUCGUAAAGUGUGGAGAAAUAAUGCAUUCCAUUAAGAGAUGAACACAUCUGUCUGGCCUCACUGAGGUCCUGUACUGAGAUUGAGUGAUUGUCUCUGACUUCAAGUCUUUGAUUGUUUUUCUUGACUGGUGAUCCACAGGUCAGAGAUGAUAUUUUUGUAUGUGUAGUUGUAAAUCCUGAAUGCUGUUUAUUUUUAUGGAGAGGUUGAGAUCUUGUGUGGAGUCCUGCCGAUGUACAACCUUAAACUCAGGAACAAAUCAUGUCACAAUGAAAUAAAUGUCUCUUAAUGCUCAUGCUCAUGUUAAAUGGAUAGUUCAGCAAAAAUUAGAAUUCUGUCAUUUUAUACUCAACCUCAUGUUUUCCAAAACAUGUUUGAUUUUCUUUCUUCCAUGGAAAGUCUCAGUCACCAUUCACUUUUAUUGUAUGGAAAAAGAGGUACAAUGAAAGUGAAUGGUGACUGGGCUUGGAACAACAUGAGGGUGAGUACAUGACAAAAUCAAAAUUUUUGGACAAACUAUUUCUUUAAUGCAAGUGAAUGUCAGAGAUUUUAAGGUCGAUAUCGUUUUCAUGUUUGUGAUGCAUUCAGAAUGAAACAGUCGCUGCAUGCACUUUGAAUUUGUCUCUGAAUGAGAACAGAACAGAUAAAACAGUGAACUACAACUCUUAGAUGUAGCUCUUGAGUUGUGUUGUCAUGAAUGUGUGUCAGGUUGAGGUGGCCUGACACUGAGUAACAUUAGUAAAGUUCAUCAGGGUACACGUGCUAUAAUAACAAGCAAUAAUCAAAUGCUGCCUUUGUAAGUUCAUGAUGUUUUGUACAUUGAAACUGAUCAUAUUUUUAAUGCAACAAUUUUUGUGCUAAUGGUCCUUUCAAAUAAAUAUUUUAUAAGAAACAUGUACAUAGCAGGACAGUUUGCAAAUAAAGUUGUCUGUUC